AUGACGACCGGCCCGGCGGCCGCCGUGAUGUCGAUAUUGAUCUGCUGCUGCGCCGUCAUCGGGCCGACGCUGUCCUGCCGCAUAUCGGAAUUCGCGUGCAAGACGGCCGGCGGCGGAUGCGUCCGGCUGGACGAAUACUGCGACGGCAAGUACGACUGUCCCGACCAGUCCGACGAACCGCCUUCCUGCACCGGUACGGAUCACACUCUCUUUCUCACCCGCCCUCUCGGGACACGGUCUUUGUUAGCUUUCAAACACUCGGUCGUCACGCGACACCCGAAUAUUACGUCGCGGCGGCAUUUGCCGUCCGCCGCGACGUUUGCUGUUGUUCGCCACUCGCCAAACAUUUUUUUUUUUUUUUUCAUACUGUUUAUUGUAUUUUUUUUUUCCUCUUGUUAUAUAAAACGGACGGAAUGAUUGAACGAUAGUCCUUAUCGGUAAAUUACUAGUAACCGAAAACAUUAAUCGUAGUUGUCGGUCGUUUGCCGAUUCCGGUCGUCGUUAAGUGCUCUCAGCCAUCAAAUAAUAAUACACAGCAUACUGUGCGGCCAAAACGGUUUGUUCGCCGAACUAGCAGUAACCAAGUCACUCGAAACCGCAUCGUCAAAACACGCCCAAUGACAGAACACCGCGGUUAUAACGUUUCGAAGACGUUCGUCGGAACAUUAGACGUGUUGAUGCGUGAUGCAGUUUCCAGCGACCUGGUUCCUCCAGUGCGGCGAUUCUCAACGCGGAGGGUACGCGGGCCCCUGUAGGGUGUUGCGAAAAAAAAUAACGUUACGGCGGGAAUAGUGAAAUUUGUUGUAUCUGAUCGAAACGGCUCGUUAUUCGUGAAAUAUUCAGAGGUCAAGGGUUACGCGAACGGGGAAAUGGUUGGGAAACGCUCCACUAGUGGAACAAACCAUUUUGACGGUGGUGGUUGCCUGUACUGCGUGCAAUCGUUUGAUAGCCAAACGCACUUUUCGACAACCAGUUUGCCGGGAUCGUCAAACAAUUAAAACCAUCUUCGGUUACUGCAGCUGGUAAACGGGUAAACAAACCGUGUUGGCGGUUUUGGCGGAACAGCAACAACGGCAAACAAUACAGCGAACUGUUUACCGAAAACCGCGUCUCCAUAACACGCCUGUUAUUAAUUUGAAACGAGACUUGCAAACAGAUCGCUGCAUUUAUUUAAAAAAAAAAAAACACAUAUAAAACACGACCGUUUGUAGCUUAUUAAUCGAAUAUUUUUGAGAACCGUAAGGACUGCGACGAUACUCUCUUCAAAACGCCGUCGUUUAUACAUUUUAAGAUCUAUAUUUUUUUUCGAAUACCAAUUUUAAAGGCUUUUUCGUUCGUUUUACACGGACGCGUUCGCCAUAUCGGCCGUUAGACGGGCGGCGACUGUAAAUGCCACUGUGACCGUCUGCACCGCCUGAGCACAGUGCUCACGUUGAAUAAUUCGUACUCGGACGGUAACCGAACGUUAACGCGGCACGUGAUCGUGAACCGGGUCAAAUCUCCACCCGUACAUUUGAUUAGGGAAACGACAAUAUUUAACACGACCUCAAAUAUCCCGCAAAUCGGCGGGCUCGUGUGGGAACUCAAUCGAAAGUAAACUCCGGUUCGAUAGGCACGAUCGGACAGGAGAACAAUUAUUUCGUUUCUCCCGUGGAUUUCCGCUCUCUCGCUAUCGCGGGAGGCGAACCCAACGUCCGGUCUGUGACGCUCAAACUGUUCACACGUACGUAUAGGAUCGCGAUGUUUCGUUCACGGUGUUCGUCCCGAAUAUGAUCGGACGAGCACACUUUGCUAUACGGAAAAUAGCAAUAUAACACCCGUGGGCGGGGGGGCUGUGCUGGAAAACGAGAACGGUGAAAGCGAAUGAGAUGAGACGAACUAUUUUUUUUUUUUUUUUUUUUAUAUGAUUGUAUAUGUGAAAAAUGUAUGAGACGACUGAGACGAGUUUGACGAGAAAUCCGGGUGUUCUGGGAAAAUGAAUCGUACGAUAUUUUACUAAAACUAUGUAGGUAUUGAAAUUCCCGAAAAUUCCCGCAUUUUUUUUUUCUUUUUAUAAUAUACCGUUCGGCGUAUAAAAUGGCGCCUAAUGUAGUUUGUCGUCGUUGAAAAACAGAUAUUCGUAAUUUUAUCUGCCGGGACGUUUGUAUUGGACUGCUGAAACGGAAAAUAUUUCACGAACGGAUCGGAAGGGAACGAUUAGAUUUGAAUGUGAAACCGAUAACAAUUUGCAUCCGAAUCACCCGGGAGAUACAGAAUCCAUCCGAACGAAUGUGACGAAACUCCGCGGGUUCGCGUUACGUCUUACCAGUGGCGGUUAUAACUGACUUUUAAAGGGGGGGGGCGAAAAUGACAAACAAAAAAUCAUAGGGCAAGGUUCACAAUGGCAUUGAUAAAUCGAUUCACAAUCAAUAAUAAUCAUUAUUGUGAUUAACAUUAAUUCAGUUAUUUAUUAUAAAAAAAAAAGUCCAAUGGGGCGAUCCACCUAUCGUCCUCCCUUAUAACCGCCACUGCGUCUUAGCUAUACGCGGUUCGGUACGCUGCAGGACUGUAUCGUAUGUCGUUUCGAAGAGGGUUUUUUGCGAAAUCGGAAAUCGGUCGGGGCAUUCCGGGGCCAAAUACAUAAAAAAAAAUAAUAAUAAUAAUAAUAAUAAUAAAAAAAAACGGCGAACGGCUUUAAUCCUGCCGGCCGUCGUCCUACACGUACACCGCCGCCGUAUAAUACCUAUACGGUGAAAUAACGCGGGAAAUAAAAUACCACGUCGUAAAACCCCAACCGGUAUAAAAAAAAAUUAUACGUUCGAAUAAAUCGUCGUUAAAACCAAAAUACGCGUUUUAUACGACCGCUUGCGUCCUGUAAACGAGGUGCCCACGAGCCUCCGCAACUAUCCUCAUACGUAACACUGUACCAAUGGUUUUCAACCUGGACGGAGGGGGGGGGGGUAGCGGGCGACAGUUAGGACCAUAAGGGACGGCCGAAAACCAUAAGUAUCACAUAUAUACUGUAUGCGUAUAGUAUUAUUCGAGUUUUAUUAAGAAGACGUUAUACCCGCGCCGUGCUGCCUCUGUUCAACUAACCGUUGGGCCGUAAAGCAGAACCUAAUUUAGAAUAAAACCAUCACUAUUGUUUUUUUUUUUUUUUUUAUUAUUAUUAAAGAGAUUUUGACAGGGACAUUAUAAUAAAGAACGUUGAUGAGGGAAAAUUUGGUACCGAGAGAGGAAAAAAAAGACUUCAACUGAAUUCUUUUGAGUGAGAGAGAGAGAGAGAGAGAGAGAUGGACAAUUUAGGAACAGAUGUUGGAAGUCGCAGUAAUCCGCACCACAGUUCAGUAGGGGGCAAUAGGGGCUAUUGUUGAGUAAAAACGAAUAACGAUUCUGAGCAGAAUUAAAUUGAUCGUGUUGCUUUGUCAACAAUAUAUAUAUAUAUGUCAUAUUACGGUAAAAUAAUUACAAUGUGCGUUUCCAUGACAACAAUAAUUGUUUAAAAAAGAUGAAAACAAUAAAAACUUAAUAAUGAGAAAAAAUAAAUAAAAACGGCUGCCAAUGACAAUAACCUUAUUUUAGAAUUUUUUUUCCUGUGCACAACUUUUGCUCCAACUUUUAAUUAUAGCAAUAUUUUUAAAAGGAAAUUUCGCUAGAGAGGUGCUUUAAAAAGGUUAAUUUUCCAUUUACCUAAGAUUUUUCACAGCAAAUGUGAAAAACAGGGAUAAAAUAUGGGAAAACCAGAAAAAACAGGAAAACCGGGAAAAUCAGUACAACAUUAAACAAAUGUUAUUAAAGAAAAUAUAUAAAACCUAUUUAAUUAUUUCUCUAUAAAACGACAUAUAUAUUGUUGACAAAGCUUCAUUAUCAACUGAACUCCGCUCAGAAUCGUUUUUUCGUGACCUAUGGCUUAUCGUUGCUUACAGAUAUACAUUGAAUUCCCGUCUGUAUCCUACCUUUCAAACUUCCAACAGUGGCUGCACCCAAGUGCUAAGUAUGUCUGUCUUUUUGUUGAUUUUUGGAUUAUCUUAACUACUCACACGGAGCCAAAAACACGCGACGUAGAUAUCACGGAUUUCCGAGAUCCACUCGAAAUCUCAUUUUAAUUAUAAUGAUUUGUUUCUAUAAAAUAAACUAAAUUAGCUUCCAUAUAAUAUAUCCUAUAUUAUGUACCAUCGAAAUUUCCCACAUAUAACUGUAGCCUACCCAUAGUACCCGUCCCUAUUAUCCUAAGACAUCUUUUUUAACCUAAAGAACCAGGUUUUCCUCAUUAUCGCAAGAAUUUCCAAAAAUGACUUCUCUAAAAUACCAUCCAUAAAACAUUUCCUUUCAGAAAAGAUGCUAUACUUGAUAAUCGGAGUAAGCUUUUUGGUAGAAAAAGUGUUUAUAUAAAAUAAAAAUAUAAAAAAAAUAAUAAUAAACAUCUUUGUAAAACCAAUACAUUUUCCGCUUAGCUCGAAAUCUAAAAGAAUCGCGUCGUCUUAACAUUCGGAAUAUUGCCCUCUUUUAUUUUUAUUACAGGUGCUUUUAUUCUAAAACCAAAAUCAAGCAAGUUCUACGCAGUCUGCGUAAAGUAUAUUUUGCUAUAUUGCCCGUUAGUUGGACUAAGACAGCGAGUCAUGCGGAUAUUGAACGGUUAUACUUGAUCGUUUUUUAAACGGGUCAUCUUACACGGGAAAAAAAAUUAGGGGGCCGCAGCCGUGGAUCCAGAGGAGCCUUAGCUCCCUUUCUCUUGGGCUGUAAUUAUAGUAUAUUUAAAAAUAAUAAAUUAUAUAUUUGGAGUUUUAAACUAUUAUAUAUAUAUAUAUAUAUAUUGUUCAAAAAAUUAAAAUUAUAUUUUAUAACGAUUCAGUGAUAAUCAUUCCUAUUAUUUGUGUGGUUUUAUAGAGCCACCUCCUCCCCCCCAUUUGUGAUUACUGGAUCCGCGCCUGGGUGGUCGCGAUUCGUCAAAAUUCAAAAACCAUCGGUGUAGAUACGACCGCGAUACAGAUCGUAACAGCACAAAGAUCUGACGCCUGAAAUAACUUUUGUCCCGUUCAGUAUUUAUACAGGUUUUUUUCUCUCGAGAUAAUUACCGGCGCUCAUGAUUUCAAUGCUUAAAAUAAAAAACCUAAGCUUUAAAAAAUAUAUACAUGGCUUUACAAAAUCCGAGACGAGAUAAUCUUGACGAUAAAAUACACAAUUGAAUACGCUCGAUUGACUUUUUUUAUUCCAACAUGCCGUGUUUAAUCAUUGCUAUCGAACGAUUGAUACGUGCGAUACGCGGUAUACUUUUUCAUUAAAAUUUUCAUUAGAUUACAACAUUUGUUUUUAUAAGGUUAUACUGGCUGUAACACCAAGACUCGACACCUGAAACAACUGGUUAUGGUUCCGCUCAGUAUUUUAAACAAAAUUGUUUUUCUUGUAACGAUAACUAGAGCCUUGUGCUAAGAUCCCGCCAUUUUAUAAUGUUUUUCACAAUUAAUAUUCAAAAAUUGAAUAUACAAAAUAUAACAUAGCCGUUUUAUAAUUAUUUAUUUCCAAACGAAACGUUGGUUGUUACAAUUAUUUACUAAUGAUAAAUCGUUAACUUUUUACAAAUUCGCUACAGUAUUAAUUACUUUUAUUGCCACUACUGUAGAAUAAUAUCAAUCGAUUCGCUAAAUUGUCCAUAAAACACAAUUUUGUUAAUGAUUUUUGUAAACUUCAAAAGAAACUUAACGAUUCAUAUUCAUCAUUAGUAAAUAUUUAUACGGUGACUUUUGGAUUUUGUAAAAACAAUUUUUUAUAUUUAGUUUAAAAAUAGACGGAUAUACUUCGCACGAUGGGUGGGCCACUAUUGUAGGUGAGAAGUUGGGAAGGUAAGAUGGAGAGGAGGAUUUAAGUUAUAUUUGUACGCAACGAUUCAUUUCAAAUGUACAUUAAAUUCCCGUUUGUAUCCUACCUUUCCAACUUCCCACCUACAAAAGUGGCUACAUCCAUGUGCGAAGUAUGUACUUUCUUUUUUUUUUAUUAUUAUUUUUUUUUUUUAUUGAUUCUCUUAUUAUUUAAUAUAACAAGAGCGAUAUUUUCUAAAUUCCUCGGGAUGACAAAAUUCUUAGUCGGUACGCCCUUGGAAUUUUCAGUCAUUAUAUUGUAAUAGGUCGUUUGAUCGUGAACUUAUUUACAAUAAAUUUCAAAUUUGUAUCACCAUUCCUGCUGGGUACCGUAAACACAUUAUAGAUACCUACUGUCUCAAUAUAACAACUCACGUUUUUAUGGACUCGUUCAAAAAAAUAAUAUGUGUCCAUAAAAUGAUUUUGAUGCGCAUAAAUAAUAUCGAAUAAAUUACGGUACGGUAUAUACAGAGAGAAGAUCUGUAUACACAAAUUUCAUUGCGACGUUAUAUAUUUUAGAAUAACAUACCCUCAUCGAAUUCGGGAUAGUAAAACAAUUAUGAUAAUGCGAUCGUCAAAUGAUUAAAUUAGUGUCCGAAACGAUUCAAAAUUAAAUUUAUUCGAAAUCGUCGUAGAUAUUAUAUUGUUAUAAUAUAAUCAUUAUAGUUGAUGAAAGAAUCCCUCAGUAAAAUAAUGAUACAAUUAAAAACGUGUUACAUAUACGCGAUCAAAUACGCGGGGUGGCUUGUAUCUAUACAAAAAAAAGAAACUCUGGACUUACAAAACACAGUCCGAACCAUCUCUGGUCUAGAAAUUUGAAAUUUUGCACUGAGGUUCCGUAGGAUGCGGUGUAGGCGACCGCUAAGAAAGGAUUUUUCAAAACUCGACCCUUAAAUAAUGGCUGACACAAGAUCUUUGAUAUUUUUGGAACGAAAAUUGAAUAUAUCUACUUUCUAUUUCUUUGUUUUCUUUUUUUAGAUCCUGAGUGACGUGAAGAAUAUUGGUUUUACUAAGUGUAUAAUUUUUUUCUGUCUGUAAACAAAUUGUCUACUAAAAAUCUUGCUCCAAUCAAAAUAUGACAAAUGACCUUUUUUGUUUUAUUUUGGCUCUAGUUGAAACGUUGAAAAGAUCAGUUUUUUGAAAUUCUUAUUCAUAUUCGAAAUAAUGAGGAUAAAUACUGAUUAUUUUGGUUAGAAAAGAUUUAUAGAUUAAAACCAAUGCAACCGUUCUUAUUUAUUUAUUAGCAUUAAGUUUCUAUUGUUCUAAUCUAUAUUAUUAAACAAUCGUUUUCGUCGUGAAAACACACAUUGUUCUUUUCUAUUAUUCCUUUUAUUUUAGAUUUUUUUUUUUUCUUCACUCAAAAUCGUUCUUCGUUAGCGAUGUUUUAUCGUAAAUUUUAAGGUAUCUCUCGUCUUUCCAAUUGCCCACCUACAACAGUAGCCGCACCCGUCCCCAGCUAUGUUUUUGAUUUACAUUGGCGACGCAAGCGUGGACAAAACAAUCGUUCUUUUUAUCAGUUUGAUUCGGUGUCGCGGGCAAGGAAAUACAUUUUGAAAACGGAAAUUCCCGUUGACCGCGGCGGGAAAGCGCGUUAUUAUUUGAAAAAAAUAAAAAAUCGUUUCCGUUUAACACCGACGUGGACAAUUAAAACCGCCGAGUAUUUAGGCUUAUACUUCAUUAUUAUUUUUAUUGAUAUUAUUAUAAUAAUGAUAAUAUAGUUUGUUUGCCAAUAUAACAUUAUACUGCCAGUUGACAAAAGAAAUAUACAUAAACAAUAUGGUACAAAACAAUCAUAAUUAACAACAUAUAUUAUAUACUGACUCACUUCUAAAAAGCUAAAAGCUUGUGAUGAGAAGUGAUAAUUACUCAUUAUAUUAUAAACCUAUACAAAAUUGAUUGUUACGUUCACGGUGGCCGCAAACAGACAUUAAUUAAAUAACCGGAAAAAAAAUAAAUAAAACAUUUACGAAGCAUAACUAGGUGUAACAUUUUUAAACUGAUUAUGUAUAAUGUGUCACUUUAAAGAGUUAAUAUUAUUAAAAUUAAAAAGAUUUUGAUUUAGUUUACCGCACAACAAUGUGAACAUAUUUUGUAAAUAGGACUCUAAGAGGUUACAGUCUUAAAAAUUGAAUAGAAUUAAGAUUAGAUUGACAUUUCGUUCGGGUAUUAUAAUUACACGCUCAAUAGACUUCAAACAAUGUUUAUAUUUAUGCACGAGCAAAAGCAAAAGAUUUAUAACAUAAAGCAAAUACAGGCACUGGGACUGGACAUCAAAGUCAAUGCACAACUUGUAUGUUUGACAUAAAAAAUGUCAUUAUUAUUAUUAAUAUCGUUGUUAUUAUACGCGACACGCGGCUCGGAUAUGAGAAAAAAAAAAUUAAUAAAUCCCGUCCGCCCGAGCAUUUUACUCGCUGGCGCUGGUAAUUCGCGGACGAUAGUUAUCAUCGGUAAUAGAACGGUAAUUGGACGAUAACAGGACGCGACGACGACGACGACGAUCGAAAUUGUUUACGUUUUCCCAAUUAAAACCCCGUUUUCGACUCCGAAACGGCGCGGAUCGCGUGCAAACGGCCCCGUUUAUGGAUUUUAUAUCUGGAUUUCACGACCACUUAACGGACGGUGUACGCGGCCGUAACAAACGGUCGUUGGAAACACCUAUAAAUGCCCGACAUUAUACGCGCGGAAAUCGGCGAGCCGCGGCAAUUCGCGCGCGAUGGAAAUCGGUAAAAGAGCGUCGAUAACGAAUAACAAUUUACAAAAGGUUGACGUAAUAAAAUAUGUUUUAUUUAAUACCGGGACGUUCGCCGUCUCUUAUUUCUUCUUGUUCCCGGCGGGCAAUACAGCGAGAAAAUAAAAUAUUAUACAUCGUCCGUUAAAAAGACAGAGACGGUAAAUUCAACCGUGACGGCCGUGUAUACGGUCAAGUCGACACCGGCAAAGUCUUGGCGAAUUCUGGGUGAAAUUUUUAAAUUUUCCGAAAAUUCGCCGAUAGCCGCCAACUUAGCGUCCAUAAUAUGACGGACCCCUGAUAUUUAAAUUUUCCAUCCAUUUAUAUCUGUUGGAUUUCAUAACGUUCUAUAAAAUCUUUUCGAUUUAAUUUAUAUUGUGUGGAAAUUGUGACUUUUUUUGUUACCUCGGCAGUUCUACUAAAGAAAUCUCGAAAACGGAGUUAUAGCCAUUUUAAUUUCUAGAAAAUUUGCGUGAAAAUAAUUAAUUUUCAAUAGAAUAGCACAUUCCGCGAUAAAGAAUCACAGUCAGCGCGGUAAUUCCUUACUUUCGAUUAAAUACUAAUUGCUUUCGCUCCUUUUUUCUAUACAUUAAAGUCACUAUAUUUUUGAUUUUCUUGAUUUUUCAGUUACAAUUUUUUAAUAUAAACCAUUGGAAAUGUGAAAUUUCUCUGUCAGCUAAUAGGUUCUGCCAUCGCAACAAAAUAAAAAAAAUCCUCUUUUGUCCCUAAAAAGCUCUUCUUUUGAAUUCGUGACAAAAUAUAAAAACAUAGAGCACAUCAAAACGAAAAAAAUUGUAGAGAAUUUACAAUAAUACAGAUGUGUACUGGAUAAAUCACAGAAGCAAAUGAUAUGUCUAUCCUACUGCUUUUCGAUGCUCUGUUGAGCGUUGGUACACAGUACAAACGGUCUCGGAAAUUUUUUAUCGCACCACGUAAAUUGAUAAGGACACUUUCCUAGAUUAUUGGACGAACGCUCCAAUGUCCCACCCCCACCCCCCUUAUCUACACCCAUGGCUCGAGCGAAAACGUAUUCACUAAUUAAUCACCUUCUAUAUAAUAUACAAAUUUUUGGCUCACAAGUGUGUAUGUGUGUGUGUGUGUAUGUUAUAAAUGUAAAUACAACACAUGUAUAUUAUUGAAAAACCCGGAGCCUUACAAACACAAGAGAUUUUCGAAAACUUAUACGAUCCGGAAAACACCGUGAACUGCAGAAAAAGGUACUACGGGUUUUUUUUUUUUUUUUUUUUUUUGUUUUUGAUAAAAGUGCUCUCGAGAUUACUGCAGAGAUACCUACGCGUAUAUAGAAACCGUGUGUGCUGCAGUGCGAACUACAUCGCUCAUCAAUCUUAUUUGCGGGACUCCGCUUUUUUUUUUUCUCGACUGUCUGCUGUAAUACACAUCUCCCGUUUAUACCGUCUAAUUGGUCGUCGACUCGUUCACUAUAAUAUAUAUAGACAACCCUGCAUGAAUAUAGACUUAAAAACACACGUACGCGUUUAAUCACCGAAUCCUCGUGCCUCUUAAUUCUCCGAUAUUCGAACGCCGUCACGUCGGUUACAAACGCAUUUAAAACCUACCCAUCAAAUUAUAUAGUGAUCGAAUUUAGCGGAGUAUCUUUGAUUUUAUUUUUUUUUUUUUUUCCCAUAACGAUAGUAAUAUUCUUUCGUUAAGUUUAACUCCGCCGAAAGCCCAAAAAAUGAAAACGCCAUAUAGUUUUUUUUACUAUUUAUAAUGUUAAACUUUCCACAGAUUCUUAUACGCUAUAUCAUAAUAAAUUUUUAUAUCUUUCUAGUUUUAUAUUGUGUAUUGUAUUUUGUGGUAGAUUUUUUUUAGUGUCUUGCCCGACCUUACUUAAAAUUGUAUUAUUAUGCAUUUUUAAUUUUUAAAUUUACUUUAUAUUCAGGGUGGUAGAAUAUGUACGUAUGCUAUGUAUUCGAAAUUAAAUUUAGAAAAUUAUUAAAAUUACUUUUUGAUGAUACGGCUUCUAAACUGAAAACCGUCUAACCUUCCCCACGAAUUUGAGUACUGUUAAUAUGAAUAAUAAUAAUCAAUGGCGUAUAAAUAUAUACGGGGUGAAUUUUUAAGCUUUCUCAUCUCACUCUUAUGAUUGAACUAUGCAUUUAGUCAAAUUCUGGUUUUUGGAAUUUUCAAGUGUAGUCAAAAACGAUAUUUUCGAAAACUUAGAUUUUUCACGACAUUUAUGGAGUAUCCUGUUUUAAUGCCAAGUUCGAAUCGAACAAUUUUACUGAAAAUGUGUACGAGUAUUGCUGUACGAAAAUGUCGUCUUUGACUUACGCUUAAAAUGUCUAAAUGACAAAAAUUUGAACACCUACCCGUACAAGUCAGCCGUAAUUCGACAAUAAAAUUAUGAUCAAAUCAUUGCCCUAUGAAUGGGUGGGAUCGCAAUACGUACGCCGUCGUGCAUGUAAGUGUUCAAAAUUGCAAGGAAAUUUCCGAAAUUGUAAUAUACAUGUAAAUUGUGCGACCGUAACCUCAAUUGUCGGAGGGGAGAGCGAUUGUAACAACCCCCCCCAGCUCCCCGCUCCGGGCGCGACGCCGUCCGUGUAAAAUAAACAUUCGGCUGCCUAAGCCCACCUCUAUAAUUAUUGAAUAUUUACAAAGCGCGCGCGUAUUAUACGCAAUAAAAAAAAAAAUAUAUUAUUAUUAUUAUAUUUCAGCGUGCAAUAGGACUUAUUACGGCGAAGUGGGAAAUUCGUACAGGCUGACUGUGAAGAAACAACAAAAAGAAAGACCGUUCCUGUGCCACUUGAGUUUCACCGCUAGCGGACAAGAACACGGUGACUUUGUCCAAGUAAGUACAUACUGUAUGAAUAGGUAUUCAUGUACGUAUAAAUUAUUUGUAAAAUAAAAAAACACGAGUUCGUUAAACUUGUUUGAGUAUACAUUUUUGUGACGGUAUUAUGCCUAAAGAAAGUAUAUUAUAACGAAUUUCGUGGUUUUUUUUUUUUUUUCGAAGGGCUCGACAUAACACGCACAGCAGCGUCGCGAAACAGACGAUACGUAUACGUACAUUAAUUGCUCGCGAAUAAUAUUAAAAUUAUGUAGCCUUUUAUUCGAUUCUGAUAAAAAAAAAAAAAUGUCUAUACAGGAUACGUUUUUUUUUUUUUCUUUUAAUGUGCGCCAAGCUUUUGAUAAUAUUAUGCGGGAACGAAUUCUUAACCAGACAAAAGUUCGUAAUAUCAUCUUGUCCCUAGUAUAUUUUUUUUAUUUUUCUGUCAAACUUUCCCCGAAAACAGAGACUAUUGCACGCUGUAUUGUUGCGUCUUUUUAUAUUUUUCCCGUUACUUUUGGACGCUUUUUGCGGUUCCUUCCGGCCCAAACGAUAAGCACAGACUCGAAAAUUAGAAAUUUUUCACUACAGACUGAUUUUGAACUGAUAAAAGUUGCGGAAAGAUGGUGUUCGAAACUUAAACAAACCCCUAUAGAGCCUACAAAUGAAGCCAAGGAUUACAAGGUGGCAUUUUGUAUAUUACGCAUGGCGUUAUCAAAUAAGUAUGUGUCUUUUGGACAUUUCAAAUUUCAGCCAACAAUCCGACCAAUUUUAUGAUCAAAUUUCAUCUUUUUUUUUUUUAUUUUGGAAUUUGUACAAUUAUUGUAGUAGGAAUAGUAUUGUAUUAUACUAUAGUAUUCGUUUUUUAUUUAAUGACUUGUUGCAAACAACGACAGCAAACAAUUUCUUCUAUAGUGUAAAAUGUGUGCAAAGAAAUUCAACUCUAUAAUAUAAUAGUCACGAAAUUCCGCUGCUCCCGAAUAUUUUUAUACAGUUUUACAGUAACUUUUUACAAUAAUUUCAGUCAAAUAACGAACAUUUGCGCGAAUUUCUUUUCGGUUUUUUUUUUUUAACCUUCGCUUUUGUUAAAAAUGAAUAAAUUUGUAUUGCCGGAAUUAAUACGCGUGCAAAAUAAUCAGAGUUUAUUCAAAAAUAAAUAAAAAAAAAAUAUUUUAAACGUUUUCGUUGUGUUUUUUAAUUUUUAUAGUAUACAUUUUUCAUGAACUAUUAUUAUAAUUCUUCCAUUCUACACUGAUUUCUCUCCCCCGAGUUUACACACCACAGCCUGGGCGAAGAAAGGGGGGAGGGAAAAGGACGAGGUUCAGGGGUUCAUCGUCACGGCCGCUCUCCUCCCAGCCGAUCCGUGAAACACGUUUUCCGGUAUAGACGGAGAAAUGACGGCGAUAAAAAAAAAAAAUAAUAAUAAUAAUAAUAAUAAUAAAAGCCAAUAUUAUUUUUAAUUUAAUAAUAAAAAAUGUGUUCCGCCGGAGUACGUAUUAUUGAAUAUCGUAACGUCCGAAAAACAAAAUCGACACAGUAGGUUUACUAUUUGUUUUGAAUUACAGUUCCAGUCGAUUUUAUUAGCCACGGCAGCCCCCCCCCCAAAAAAAAAGAAAAAAUAAAUAAACCCAUCGCCCCUUCCAGUUUGUAACAGUUACAUUUACGAUCUUCUAUGCUACAAUAUAUUAUGGAGUCGACGAUAGUGAUAAAUAAAUUACGACGGGCUUUAAUAAAAUAAAUUAUAUUCUACAACGCAGGCCGAUACUUAAACUUUAAACCGAGUAAAUUUUAUUAAAAUAAUAUGCGGCGUAAACGAAGUAAAAUAAUAAACUCAAUUAAAAUUUUUAUUUUUUUUUUUUAACUACGAUAAUUCGAUCAAACGUCGGCCAACUAUACCUGCAGUGUGAACGGCGAAGUUCAACGUAUAAAUUAUACAGGUCGGUAUACUUAUACAUGAGUUCCAUAGGUACAAGGACUGUAACUUUUUGAGUUUAAUGCGUUUACGUAGUUUUUUUUUUUACAUAGCGUCGUUUGAGAAAACGGAUUCGAUCAACAUUUGUUUUGUGAUGUUGUGUGUAUAACUGGAUUACAAAAUCGUGUGUUACAUAGUAAUUUUGAAUGUUUAAUGCCAGUAGGUUCAUUAUGAUUCGCGUUUUCACAAUUUCUGCGCAUCAAUAAUUUUUUUUUUUUUUUCUUAAUAAUUAUAAUAUGUUUUUUCAGACAAUCUCAUCUACAUAAUUGACAUCGAAUGUUUUCUAUUUGAAAUAUAACUUUUAUAGUUUCGAAGAAACUUUUCUGUUUUUAAUCAGAUAUUUAAAUAGUUCAUAUUCAAAUAGGUACGCUGAACAUUGCUCAAUUCAAAUAUUAUAAUAUUGUAUCGAGCAUUUGUGCCUAUAGUAUUUUAGACUUCGAUAAAUAAUUUAAAAUGUUUAAAACAUUUAUUACAAUUAUUAAUAUUAAAGAUCAUAAAAUUCAAAAAUUCUUAAUAAAUACGUAUAGGUGUAUUAAAAAAAAAUUAUUAAAACAAAACUUAAAAUUGUGCUUUUUUCACAUAUUUUCGCAUAAAAGUUGACGAAUGUCUUUUUUUAGAUUCUGAGCGAAGUGUGAUGGGUUUUUUUUUCUGUGAACAACUUUUUUACCAAAAAUCUUGUCCUGAUUUUCAAGUGUAACACUUUUUCUAGAAGAAAAUGUUUUCUGGGUAAUACUUAAAGGGGUAAUACUUAAACCUGAGGGGUUUUUAUAAUAAUUGGGAAAACCCGUAGGAAAAAAGGGAAAAUGUACGAAAUUUUAUUUUCAAUUUUGUUUUUUAUUGUUUUGAUUCAGUUAAAAAUAUUCAUAGACUUUAAAUUUGCACAGACAUUUAAUAUUUGCAUUUUAUAGACGUGGUAAAAUUUUCAAAACAUUUUUGCCAUUUUCGAGCUAUUAAUAGACAUUUUAAUUUUGCGAGAUUUUUUCGUAAUUUUUAUUCGGUUGGUAUACUCUGUGGAUAAAACUGUUAGACAGCAGAAAUGCUUGAAAAUUUAAUUGGAGUAUGUAAUAGGAAGACAGGAGGACUAAUAAUAAAAAUUACACUUUGGAGUAGAAAAAAUUUUUUGUGUAGAAUGUGGAAUUUUUUUUUAUAAAAAUGUUCAUAUCAAAUUUCUACGAAAAUCGUAAAUAUUACGACCUCUCAAAACAUGUAUAACCGAACUCCACUAGGAAUCGCUUUUCGUUAGCAACGAUUAAUCGUCGCGUACAAAUAUGUAUUAUAUUAAAUUCCCCUGUGUAUCCUAUACGACCUUCCCAACUUUUCACCUUCAACAGUCGCCCGCCCAUCGUGCGGAGUAUGUCCGUUUUUUUUUUUUUUUUUUUUUUUUUAUUAUAUAUAAUUUUAUAGUCGAUAAUAAAAUACGUAUAUUAUUUACAAAUAUCGAACGGGAUGAGAGUUUCCCGCGGCCCCCCGUCAUGAAUAUUGUUCUGUUCCGGAUCUGUAAUUUUUCUCGCUAAUGAUGUACCCAUAGAUCAUUUUUUACGACAAAAGUACACGCUACAAUAUAUUAUCGUACGAGUAGUAUAUCAUAUAAUCGCCCGUGUCGUUUAGCGACAUUAACAGCGGUAUACGUAUACAUUCGUAAGAAAGAAACAAAGAAAAAAAAAUAAUAAUAUAAGUAAGUACAGUCCAAAUUUGUCGGGCGUCCAAAAGUUUUCGCCGGGUUUUUAUUAUACUUACUUUGGUUUAUAGGUAUACGCAGGUAUUAUGCAUAGGCGGGGGCGCCCGCCGCGUAAUAAAUUAUUCAUGAGAAUUCUUUUAGCGGCGUAACUUUUAUUGUCCGGGGGGAAUAACGCAGACAAUAAUGGUUAUCUAAAGGGGAGGGGGGAGGGGGGGUUGGGGCGCUCCGGGUACCUCUGCAUACAUGUAUGAUGUAUAUAAGUGUAUACGGUAUACACGGGGUAAUUCUUCUCCCGCAACGAUGUUCAUCCGUUUGUCAUUGUGUAUAUUUGUAUACAGUAUAAUAUAUCGCGUAUAAAUAUAUACGCACACAAACGGGUCGGAAAUAUUAUUGUAAAACGCAUGUGCGCUCGCGAAAUCGCGUCCCAAAACUAUUAAAACGCGUCGUCUUUUGUUGGAACGCAUACGGCCAGUUUUGCGAAAACGUUUCUCGCGAAAGCUCGCAUACAUUACGUACACAAUAUACACACACGUACAGUACCGCGCACACACACAUAUACAUAUAUAUAUAUAUACAAUAUGAUAAAAAAAACGUGGCUAAUAUCGCGAUAACAGGCCGCGUAAUUAAUGAUAAGAGCCGCCGAAUAAAAAACGAGAAGAAAAAAAAAGUACGCGGAACAUUCCGCCGGGGCUGUCGGGGCUUCAUAACACGGGGGAGGAAAAACUCUCACGCCUCGCGGGACAGUUGGCGUAAUAUUGUGUUACGCGUACUAUUCCGACGGUUUUUCAUUUUUUAUGCUACCCGUUUCAAAGAGCAACACGGCCGACCGUUUGUAGGUCACGUUUAACUCGGAUUUUCGGAAAUCCGAAUUCCGGAACGCUAUACGUACCGUAUUAGGCGUAUGAAAAAUCCCGGUUUUUAUUAGUUUUUAACGUUUUUUUUUUUUUGUUAUAUUUUGCUGACGACGAUAUCCGGAUCAAUCGAAAUUCGGAGUCGGAUACGACUUGCGAAAAAGGUUUUUUUCAAAUUAAAAAAAAAGCGUGAGAGUUUUUCCUUUUUCCUGCAAAGUCAUUCUCGUCCGUACUACUACGCCCUAAGUGGAUGUCGGACAGUAAAUCAGUGGAAAAUAACAUUUUGAUACAUUAAAAUGUUGAAAUUAAUUUUCAAAUUUUACAAAUUUAGUGACAAUUGGGAAAACCGACUCUGGCUCCGGUUUCCCGCAUUAUAAAUGUGUGUGCCAAGUUUUAUAACGUGAAUACUAUUUUCAAUUGCAGAAAUAACAGUGUAAUUCGGAAUUUCAACACGAAUGAUGUAUUUUAAUUGUUUUAUCUCGAUUUUAAAUAAUAUUAUAAUAAGAUAGGGUACACUAUAGAAAGCCACCGCCCAAGAGUGGUAUCAAAGAACCAUAUAACACCGCGAUAACCUGCAGGUCUACCAAUCACCGCGCAGUAUGCCGUUAACCACUCGAUACAUACAAAAAUCGUAUCAUGAAAAACAUUGGACGAACGCGUUGUAUUUACGUUUAAAACAACGCAACGUGAUAUUGCAGUAAUUUUCACAAUUUCUCCGCAUUCGAUCAUUAAAAAUAUAUAAAAUACGUUCCAAUGGUAUGUAUAGGUAUACCUACUGCAAAAUACCAUUCAAAUAAUACGAUGGUACGGGUAUACAGACAGAAUUUCAUCUCCCCGAAAAGUGUUUGAAACUCGACCAUUUCAUAAUAAAUCGUUUACAGUAAAUUUACGGAAUGUUUCGUGUUUUUUUUUUUUUCGUUGUUAUCUGUAUACAUAUACUCGUAUAGUUCAGUUUUAUUUUCUCGAAAACUACGGGGAAAUUUUCAAUUCCGACAUCUCCGCGCUGCAAAGUGUUGGAUUUCAAUUAAUAUAAUGGAUAUAUGAAACUUUUAGACUCGCAGCAGUAGCUAUAGUAGGAUAAUUGCCACCAAAAAGUGUUUUUCAAAAUAAAAUGAAAUACAUUAUCAACUUUAACGGACAUGCACUAUUACCUGCACUUAAUUCAUAUUGACCUAAAACACGAAAUUUAAUUUGCUUUUCACGAGUGGGUAAUUGAGUUAAUUUAAUUGCAGAAUUUUUACAAACCUAUAGUUUCGCAAUAUUUAUGUAACUCUACUAUAGAAUGUAUUUAGUGAUACUAUAUAGUGUUUUAAUUUCUGAUCUAAAGAUCAACUAUACUUAAAAAAUACACUAAAUUUCCGUGAGUUUUAAUAUUACAUUUCGAUAACGGAAAGUAACGGUUUUUUUUUUUUAUAUUAGUUUACCGAAUAAAAUUCUAAAAAAAAAAACGUUUGAAAAUAUUUAAAACGAGAAUUUAUAGUUGAAUUAUUUAGAGAUAAAACGAAUUUGUACAUACGAUAUUAAUAUCUCUAAUAAUCACGCAUGAUGUAUACCCGUUUUUUAUUGCGAAUUUUGUUUUACCCGUCUAAGUUUUUUUUUUUUUUUAAAUUAAUUUUUUGUUAGUGCUCGAUAAAUCGUGUGAAAUAUUGAAACAAUAACACGUACGAUAAAAAUAAAUCCCAAUAAAUGUAAUACGGAAACAAUUAUGACAAUCGAUUCACGGUGACGCAAAAAACUAAACAGAAAAAUCCAAAACACACUUCGCACUACAGUUCAUGGGCAAGCACGUUGGUGGGAAAUCGGGAAGGUACUGUAUACGUUGUAAAAUAAUUUAGUUUGUAUACUCAAAGCAACGAUAAAUCAUUGCAAUUAAAAUCCGAUUAUCGGUAAACUGGUAAGGUUUUGUAUAGUAGUAGUAGUUCUUUUUUUUUUUUUUUGCUCUUGCAGCACGGUAACGAAACAAUUAUUAUAAACUAUAUGCUGCUAUAACGCGAGCGUACUUUCGAGUAUUCAUAAUUUUAAAAAUGUACUAUCGUUGUUACGUCUAGGUAUUAUACGGCGCAAUAAAUAACUAUUGGAUACGUGUACACUGUAUAUACUCGCCGGGCGUAGAUGCGGAAAAUCGGCAAGUCAAUGCGGUACAGAAAGCGUAGAGAACGCGACUAAUUAUGGGAGUGUAAUUGCGUAAAUAUAUAUACCAACCUAUACGGCUACACGAGCUGAGGACGGGAAUCGAGAAUCAUUACUAUAAAUUAUUAUCUGCGGGGAGUCGGUAUUUGGUAAUCAAGGCUAGAGAAAGACGUGAAAAAAAAAAAUGACUACGGUUUCCUUAUGUGUGCAGAAAGUGAAGGACGAUCGAAAGGGACGUGACAAAUGAGUGUAUAGUGUGCAGCAGCAGGGUAUAGGUAAUCGAGAAUGAGAGUCGAGAAAGACGACGAUGAGUGGGGGGGAGGGGAAAGAGGGUUCUCUUCUCUUAUAUACAAUAUUGUGAACGAAAAAGGGAUGUGGCAAAUGUCACGAUCGUUUUCCAAGAUAUAUACGAGUAUACAUAUAAUAAUAAUAAUUUUAAAAUUAUAAACAAUUCUGAUGGCAACUUUCGGAGGGGUAACGUAUUAAACGGAAUAAACUGUAAAAGUUCAACGGGUGAUCGAUGCCCUAUAGUAGAAUAUAAUAGAUAAUAAAUAAUAAAUCGUUUCGCAAUCUAUACAGGAUUUAUUUAUAAUGUAAGCAUAAGUACGCCGAAUAAAUUAUACGCUGUUAAGUGGAUGUCAGCGAGAGAGCGUUUUUGAACGUAAAAAACUUGUGUCGAAAAAUCGUUUUAUCUCGCGAAAUUAAUGCACAUGAUUUAGCGAGGAAACGGCUUGUGACGAAAACUAAAGAACGCGACUUUAUCUAUACGGAACGACAUAAUAAAUAUAUCCAUUAAAAAAAAAAAUACAAUAUUUAUAAAACAAAAAAUACGACUUAUUUUUAAUUGGAAAAAAAUUCAUUUUUUUAGAUUCGAAACGUAUCGAGAGAUCUAUUUGAUUUUACUUUGAUAUGAGGUAUUUUUUUUUUUUUUUUUUGUAUGAAUCUAUGAACGACUAUUCUAUCGGAAACCUUGCUCCGGUGCAUCAUGUGUAACGUCUUUUCUGAAUGGAAAUUUUAUCCGGUUGGUGUAUUAAAGAGUUAAAUUUUGAUUUCCGAAAGGAUUUUUAAAAUAAUCGGGAAAACCAGAAAAAAUUAUCGAAAAACCGGCAAAUAUUUACGGCGUACCUCGGCGUCACUAAUUUCGUUAUUUUUAAUUGUUGCCAAUUAUAUUUUCUACCAGAAAUAUUGCUCCAAUAAAAAAAAACCGACAAGAGAACUUUUCUUAUUGAUUUUUAUACCUAAAUGCUUACAAAGCAAGUCGUUUUUUUUUAGAUUUUCCAAGUAGUUUUCAUUAUAAUUGAGAAAACAAGGAACAAAAAAACUAAACUGAUAAAUUUAUGAUUAUAUGCAUUAUUAUUCCUUUAUUUUAAAUGUUAACGGUUUAUGUUUUCUACCAGGAAUUGCUCUAAUAAAAAAAAAAAAAAAAACAAAGAGCUACCCUUUUUGUUGAGUUUUCAAUAUGUAGUUGGUAAAUAAGAAAAUAUUUUUUUUUUUUUUAAUUUUUAGUGUAGUUUUUUUUAUAAUUGAGUAAAACCGAAAAAAACUUAGAAAGAACAGGAAAAUUACGAAAAUAAUGCUUUUAUUAUUUUCAAUUUAGUUUUUUUGAUGUAAUUCAGUUAAAAAUAUUCGUAGAGACUUGACAUUUUUACAGGAAAUUAUUAUUUAUCUUUUCUAUGUGUGGUGAACUUUUGAAAACAUUUGAGCAAUUUUAAAAAUAUUUAUAUACAUUUAAAUUUUUUCGUUUUUUACGUUAUUUUUAUUUGGUAGGUAGGUACAAUUUCCAAACUAAACAGAAAUAUUUGAAAAUUUGACAGGAUGUUCAUUAUAAGUCGUCCUUACCCACAAAACAUUUUUUAAUGAAACUCAUUGAAGAAAUAUUUGUUUUUCAUUUAACUGAUAGUAUUUAAAUUAAACAUUUUUAAUAUAUUUAAUAAAUAUAUAUGCGAGUAGUAUAUCAUGUAUAUUUUAGAUUAGUUUUACAAUACUGUUUAUUUUUUUAUUUUUUCUUUGUUCUAGUCUAUGAACACGUUUUAUUCUACUAAACUUGCUCCGAUUUUUACGUGUAGCAACUUUUCUUAAAGCUUGAGUUGUCUAUAUUGUUUAAAGAAGUUUUAUUUUGAUUUUUGACGCUAUUUUUUAAAAAUAAUCACUGAAGUGGGAAAAAAACAUAAGAAAACGUACAAUUUAUUAUUGCUUACAAAUAUAAAUGAAAUAACCUUAUGUAUCCUACCUUUCCAAUUCCUCACCUAAAACAGUGACUGUGCCCGUCCCAAAUAUUUAAAAAAGUUUAAAUAUUUAAUAAAUAUAUAUUUUAAAAAAUAUAUAAAUAUCUAAUUAAUAUUUUAAAUCGAAUAUUUGAAAAAAUUAAUAAAUGUAGUUAAUGUUAAAUAAUUUUUUGAUAUUAAUAAUUUGAUAAUAAUUAAACAUUAAAAAUUAUAUUUUUUUCAAACAUCUCUUUAUAUACCUGUAUGUUAUUUAUUUUACAUAAAAUAUUCAUAAUCAACAUAAACUUUUCCAAACAUGUAUAACCGAACUUCGCUCCGAAUCAUUUUUCGUUAGCGAUGGUUUAUUGUUCCUUACAAAUAUAAUUUAAACAACUUUAUACUCGUAUAUCCAACCUUCCCAACUUCCCACCUACAACAGUGGUACACCCAUCCCCAGUUUCGAAUAUUUUUAAUCUUGGACAUCUAUACCAUCUCAUGCGAACAAAUAUUGAAUACUAAUAUAUUUCAUACGCCCUGUAGAUAAUAAUAUAUAUUACAGUUGCAUUUUAUAGGUAUACUUGAACAUCUAUUUUUGUUCGGUAUGCAUUCGGUUAAAUAUGCAUAUUGAAACAAUAUAGACGAACCACAUUUAUAGUAAUUCGUUAAAGGCUUGUAUACUCGUACCUAUAUAUAUUGUUAAUAAACAAAAUAAUUAUUCCGCGAGUUAAAUUCUGUCGGAUUCACAUUACUCACGCCACGCGGUAUUGUUCAAAGUUGUCACGGGGUAAACAUAAUAAAUUAUUAACUAUUUGAACAAACCUUCACAAUUUCACCCAAUAUAAUAUAUGUAUAUAGGGCAUUCGAUAAAAUAAGUUUACUAUAUCUAUUACAAUAUUGCUGCUUAUUAAAUGUAAUCACUGCAGCAGUCUAACCAAAAUGAUUUAUUAUGCGAUGUCUACACUUCAUUUAGAAUAUUUUAAAAUUAAAUAGGGUUGUUUUUUUUUUUUUUUAACAAAACAGAGAUUCGUCAAUCGGUUGGAUAAAAUAUCUUGCUUGGUUUUUAUUUCAUAAUUAAAAUAUAAAGUUUCCAUUGACAAACUCGUCCUACUCUUUUGUCGAUAAACCUAUACUUGAAAGAACAAUAUAAGUACCUACCCUAUACUAAAGACGGGGACAAAGUGGAACUAAAAAAGGUCACCGGGAUUUAGAUCUAAAGUGACCAUAUAAGUUUAUACACAAAAAAACGUAGAUUCUCCGAUUAAUCUUUGAACUUCUUAAAAUUUAGAAGGAUACUAAAUGGACUAUACGCUUUGAAGAAAUAUUGAAGCGGUUUUCUUAACUAGAAAUAACUGUGUCAGUUGUAAAUUCAAACAAUCCUAAAUACAUUUUUCCAGGAAAAACUGUUUCAAAUUUAAUCAACUUUUUUAACAAUGAUCCUGCUGUAAAUCACGUCGAUGAAUUAAAUACCAAAGAAGAAGACAUUUCUUCUAAAGUACCAGAUUUCCCCGCAAUUGUCGACACAGAUUAUUCCACAGACACAGACUAUAAUGUUUACAUCAUGGCUACAUGGCCAAAUUAGGCACUGGCCCGUUGGGAAAUUUCCUGGCAUCCCGGCAGCCCAGUCCGCCCCUGACUAAAAAUAAUUAAUUUUUUUUUUUCUAACUUUAUCGUUUAAUAUAUUAUAACGAUAAACAUUUAAAUAACAUAUUAUUAUUAUUAUUAUUAUUAUUAUUAUUUUUAACUCAACGGGUAAAAAGAUCUGACACUGCUAAUGGAUGUGCCUCUGUUGUAGGUGGGAAAUUGGGAAGAUAGGAUACUGGAAUACAUAGAGUAAUUUAUUUUAUAUAGAUACUCAACGAUAAAUCAUUGUUAACCAAAAACGAUUCUCAGCGAUGUUCAAUUAACCACACAUUUUAAAAUGCUUAGAUUUUUUCCAAAUUUUCUUUUAAAUUUACUUAUGUGCUUCGUAUAAAAUUUGUAAGCAUUUUUUCUGGACCAAAAUAAUUUUUUCUAUUUGACUAUAAAUAGCUAAAAUAAAUUCCAAAACGUUUUGAAUAUCACGUCUAGAAAGGACUAAUAUUAUUAUUUAUUUAUUUAUUUAUUUAUUUAUUUAUUAAUACGGACAAAAGUCCAAUUCACAAUAUAUUUGUAUAGAUAACAAUAAAAUAUAACUUAUAUAAAUUAUAAAUUUAUAUAAUUUAAAAUAAUAAAAUAUAACAUAAUAAAAAAUGAAAAGAUUAAUAUAUCAAACAAUAUAAAACAAACAAUUUAUUCGGUGAAAAUUCAGUUUCUACGAUGAUGAUUAACUAAAUAAUAACAAAAACCCAAAAUCGAAAAUAUCAAAAACCGCUAUUGCCUAAAUAUUCUCGUUUUUCCCCGGUUUUUCUGCUUUCAACUUGGGAGAACGCGAAGAGAAGGGUACUUCGUCUAAUUUUCCAUAAAUCGUAACGUUCCUCUACUAUUUGUUACCAAAAAAGGCCACCAAAAACUUUCCCUAAAUUUAAUGACUGAAGCAAGAUAUCUCCCAAAAGAGUUGUAUUUACAAAUAGAAAAAAAAAAGGGUAAACCAGAGGUAGUAAAUCGAAUGCAUUAAAGUUUGUAAAGUUGCAAAACAAUAAAUAACUGCCAUAUUAAUUUGCGAGAAAAUGACGAAGAUUCGUCCUUGGGAGACAGCACUACCGACUACCGCUCCUCCUCUUCAUGCUUGGUUAACGAUAAAACUAAAAUUUUAACUAAAAAUGUUUUUAGUGAUUCUGAUAUUAGUAUUUUAAUGAAAUUAGCCAAUGUUUACAAUAUUAAAUCGCGCUUCUUAUAUUGUUAUUUGUAUAAUAUUGACGUUGAAAUAUGGGGGUUGUAAUGAGGUUGUGGAAUUAAAAGAUUAAUUGAAAAAGCCGCAGUUUACUACGUCGGGUAACCUACUUUAAUUCGACGAGGAACUUUUAACUUUAUUAAAAACCGUAAUUUUUAACUUUAAUAUUAUAAUAGUUACCGAAAGACAUAAUAUUAAAACCGUAAUUAGAAUAAAAAUUAACGUAUACGUUUUAAUUAAUGAGAAAAUAUUUUAUCAUAAUGGGGUGGUAGUUACACUCGAUGUCUAAAAAGUUAUACGAUUUUCUUGUAGGUACAUCCCACAGCCUGCUGGCAACCAUUGUAUUUAAUUUAUAUUUUGAGGAAAUAUUUCGUGUACUGAACUUUAUUUUUUUUUAUUACUAUUAUUUUAUAUAUAAUAGAUGUACGCGUACGUGUUUAUAAUUUUAAAUUAAAAACUUUUAUUUUUUUUUUUUGGUCGUUCGAAAAACUCGAAGCCACGAAUAUUGUUUAAAAACUUAAAACUUUAUAGUUGUAUAUAGAUUUGUAGUUUUGCACAAUGUUUACGAAAAUACGGUUCCCUGCGAUUUUAAGGCAUAUUUCAUCGUUCACAGAUUAUUUUAACAUCGAUUCGGUGUUGUACAUAUACAAAAUAGAUUUAUAAUAGAUAAAUUUAAAAAUAUUAAAAAUAAUUACUAGAAUAAAAUUAUCUACAUCAAGAUAAAAGAUGCAUAGACAUUAUCUAUUGAUCAAAAAAAAAUAAUCGGGAUUUAUUUUUAUCCAAAAUUAAAAAUAUGUACAAUCAUAACAAUUAAAAUCUGAAACUAAAAAAGACGGGAAUUACUCCCCACGUGGGAGCAUCCAUUGUUGUAGGUGAGAAGUUGGGAAGGAUACUACCUUCCCAACAGGUAAGGGGAAAUUUAAUGUAGGCAUACCUGUAAGCAACGAUAAAUCAUUGCUAACGAAAGAACGAUUCUGAGCGGAGUUCAGUUAAUAGUGUAGUUAUGAUAUUUACCAUAAUAUGGUAAAAUAAUUAGACAGGUAUUAUAUAUUUUCUUUUAUAAUAUUUAUAUCUAUUUUCCCGUUUUUCCUACGGUUUUCCCAUGUUUUUCUCGGAUUUUCCCAUUUAUUGGGAAUACUAGUGAGAAAAUCAAAAAAAUGGCCUCUUUAAAGAAGCUCCCCGGUCAGAUUUCUUUUUAGAAAAAUUACUGCUAGAAAAGUUGUCCACAGAAAAAAAAAUUCGUAAUAUUUUACUAAUAUAUUUCGUAAAUUUUCCCGCUUUUCCUCUGUUUUUUUUUUCGGUUUUUCACAUUUAAUAAAAAACUCCUCGAGAAUAUUGAAAAAUAACCUCUCAAAGUACUUCCCCAGUCAGACUUACAUUUAAAAAAAUUACUAUCAUUUUAUAUCGGAGCAAAAUUGCUGCUAGAAAUUUGGCACAGAUAAAAAAAAAAUGAACAUCUUUGUAAAACCAUAAAUUUCUUCGCUCCACUCAGAAGCUAAAAAUAUUGUACCGGAUUCGGUACACAUCUAGAUGCCAUAAUGAUCGUAUGAUCGAAGUAACUUAAUAGUUUAUUUACCAAAUCGUUUUUAUUAUAUAUUAAUACAAUUUAAAACGGGCACCUAUAAUUUCUAAUUAACUUGUAAAAUUUAAAAAUAUUUAUCUAUACAUCAUCAUAUAUCUAUAAAUAGAACAAUUUAUCUAGAUGAUUUUUUUUUUUUUAAUUUGCGUUGAUUUCUAAUACAGAUUGCUAUUAUUUGUCUUGAAUUAUUUUGUUUCUUAUUUAUCUAGCUAAGAUAAAAGAUAAAAAUAUACCUGUGUCUAGAUAAAACAACAAUGUAAUAAUAUUAGUAUUGUAAAAUUAAAGGCCUGCAGCGACUAUCGCGGAGACUUCUGAAAUGUAUUUUAUUUUAGUUUUUAUAUUCUGUCUAUUUGAUUGUACUUGCCCUGUGUGUGCUGCAGUAGAGAUUUUAUAGAUGCCUAUAUAAACCUAUCCUAGCUACCUAUCGACCAGGUAUGCGAUAAACCAACGCGGUUUUAUCGCGUGAUUUUUGUGAUACGUAUUUAUUUUUGUAAUAAAAAAAAUCUCGGAACGGCGUAACAGAGUUAAAAAACUAAAAAAAAGUUUCGUUGAAUUCCGCCAUAAUAUAUAGGUGCUAUACCUAGUCACUUUGGUAAAUUGAAACCUACAUGCACGAAAUCGCUUUUUGGUUACAACCAACAUUUUAUACUAUUAAAUUACACGUGCAAAAAAAUGUAGGUACAUGUAGCUGUAAGCGGAAAAACUGCAAACCUGCAGACACCCUAUAUACUUGUUCAGGUUUUUUUUUUUUUUUUUUUAAAUGUAUUUUUAUGUUGUUACUAUAAUAACACGAAUUUCGAGGCGUAGGCGUACCUACGUUUGUACACACUGUGUAUACAGUGUAAUAUAUACAAAUAGAAUACACACUCGGAAAAAACGCCAUUCGAUUUAUUACAAUUUCAAUAGGAUUUUUACAGACAUUUUUUUCUUAUUAUACCGUUAAGUACAACUUAUGACGGACUUGUUGUGUUCAAUUUUCGAGCAUUUUUUACCGGACAAAACAAUUUUUAUGUUUACAUAAAUCGGAAAAUACAACGCUGAAUAAAUGCCGUGGUUUUGACUGUUUUCAUCGAAAUAUGAGCGUUAAACUCCUUAAAAAAAUAAUCACAAGUUUGGAUUCUCGAUACCUAUGUUAAGAGAAGCUGAACGAAAUGUAUCGAUACUAAACCAAAUAAAAACUAAAAAAACACGAAAACUUCUAAUAGCAAAAAAAAAAUAGCUCAAAAAUCACCAUAUUGUUUUAAAAAUUUGACCGCGUCUUGAGACGGGACUAACAUAAGUAUUCGGAGGACAUGAUUUUUAAUUGAAUUACAAAAAAAAAAAAUAACAAAAUCCCUUAUUAUGUAAAUUUUCCCGUUUGGCAUAAAUGCAAUUUAUUAACUCCACAACUCGUUUUUCGAUUUUUUUUUUUUUUUUAUUUGUUUUCUUUCAAAAUGUGUAUUUUAAAACACCGAACAAAAAAGCUUGAAAAAGUCGUCGUUCUUUUUUUUAUUUUUUAAGUCACCAAUAAGCAUUUUAAAUUUCGUGAGUAUAACGAAUGGUCAUCAUUACACCCGUGAAAACAGUAUAUUUUUUCCGACAACUACCCGACGCGGUUUUUCGCGAUAUUAAAAAUGGAAUUUAUUUUCGAUUAAAAGUUCGACACGAGCCCACAGCUCCUUGCUACAGUAUCAGGUCGAAAAUUUAGGUUAGGUCAGCUUACCCCCGAUCCCUCCUCCCUCCUCCCUCGUAAAGGGAUCGAAGAAGGCCACGCAGUGGCACUCGAGUGGGCGAGCGAAGCCGGUAGGCGUAAUGAGUCGUCCCGCGCUUCCGCAGUAUUGUUUAUUCCACGUAUUCGUAUUUAUGUAGUGGCAUUCAAAUCGUUAAAACUUCUAAAAUUAAUGGUUCCCGAAACAUGUCGAUUGCGCCAUCGUAUUCGCCAUUAAACCGUCCCCCCCCCCGUCUUUUUCAAAAAAAGUUUAGUUUUAUUUUUUUUUUUUUUAAUUAUUGAAGUUUUUGAAAUUUUGGAACGAAACUACUUUACCGGGCGACCUUAUUUUUUCAACUUUAUUAUAAUUUUAUAUUUGUUCAAAAGGGAUGUUUAAAGGUCCUUUUUUUCAGAGGUCGCGGACGGUUUUCGUUCAAGAGUUUGAAGUUUUUGUCGGGUAGAUAUAACACAACGAAAAUUUAAAAACGCGAGACCGAGAAUUCCGGUGAUCUCCGUGAGCGCGCGAGCUCAUGUCUGACUCGUAAAACCAUAAAAACAAAAACAUCGAAAGUUGACCGCGAUUUGUUAUGCAAAACCACGGUCGGGUAUGUAACGCGCAAUGGAAAAAAAAACCGAUAAAACUAAAAAAUCGAUUUAAAUAAGUCUCGGGGUGAAAACAAAAUUUUUAACACGAGUUAAUCUGACAAAAAAAAAAACGUGCAAACACUUUUUAGAGCUUGUAUUAAACCAUUCACCGUAGUUACAAUAUAAAACGCAUUAUCCAUUGCGCCACAUUCAAACACACAAGGACAAGGAGAUUAGCGAAAAUAGCUAUUUAAACUAAGAGUUCCCGCAAAUUUCUGAUUACAGCAUCGAUGUCAGCGUACAGAAAUACAUUCGUUUGCAAAAUAAACAAAUAUGCCCGGUAAAGUAGUUUUAAAGUAUCGGAAAAUUUGAAACCUAGGACAUAAUAUAUGUAUAUAAUACCUGUAUAUUAGUUCAGGGCCGGGCUUUGACUGGUUAAUAAGUUAAAAGUUAAGUUGAUUUAAACUUGUUAACUUAACUCACUAUAGUUUUGCUAAUUGGCUUCACUUUCACUUGGGUACUAUCUAUCUGUUGUUAAAAUUUAACGGAUAAUUUGAAUAAAAUUAUAUAACUAUAGGUAGUUUAUUGUAUUUCUUUGUUUAAAUUAUUUAUUUUGUAAAUUAAUAAAUUGUUAAAAUGUUAAUUAAUACAGUAACCAGUUUUAAACUCAAAUUUAAAUUUAAAUGAUCCUUGGGUCUGAACUAUGAUUAAAUGCUACAACUCGACAGGUUUUGAAAUACAUCCCCAUUGAUUACGUUUUAUAAUAUUUUUAUUCAUAAGGUUUAUUUCAUAAGGUAUUUUAAUUUUUAUACCUGACCUAUUAAAUUUUUUGUUUUAACUAACUUAUUAAUUGUUAAGUUAAUGAUACAUAGUUCAACUUGAUUUGUAAUUUAAUCGGCGUAUUCAAAAUAUCCAUUGAUAUAAUUUUCAAUUUAAUCGAUAAAAAAUAUUUAACUCAACCGAGUUAAAAAAUAUCAAUAACUCGCCUGUAGCCUUGUAACUAGGUAAUUUAAACACGGAAUACAACGAUAAAUCAUUGCGACGAAAGAGAUUCUGAGCGGAACUAUGCUGAAAAUUUGUGUUUUACACAAACAAUCGUCUGUCGCAAAAUAAUCCCUACACAAUAUUGAAUACACGCGUCGAACCGAACUCGCUUCAGAGUCGUUUUCCGUUUGUUGCGUUGAUUUAUCGUUUCGCGCGCGUAUGGACAUAAAUUCGUCGGCUUUUUAAAACCGUUCGCCACUAAGGGUUCGUCCCGAUAAUCGCCGAUAAUUCUGUAGCGCGCCCCACCAACCCACCACGGCCCUCUUUAUUCGCCAGUCGCCUACAGGUAUCCAUUUUGUCGCGGCAAAAAAUAUUGGUAAUCCAUUGUCAUGCCGCCGCGGCGCCGACGUUGUAGUUCCCGGUUUCGCAAAAAAUCCGCAGAAUUUAUUAUGAGCCGGGGUUCGCUCUUCGCAAUCGUGACGUUGUCUCCCCGUCGCCGCCGCCGCCGUCCCAAAAAAGCCGCGAAUAAUAAUUUUUAUUCGACCGUUCAGGCGUACGCAAAAGGAAGUUAACGUCCAGGAAAAAAAUAAACUAAAAAAAAAAAUAAAAAAAGCGCCGCGUUUGUUAGAAUGUAAUUCAAAACGGUUACACACACCUCGCGGACCGAACACCAACAAUAUCGAUGACAACGCUCACUCGACCGAACUCGGCUCUGAAAAAAAUCCAAUUAACAGAGGCUCUGUGUAAAAAUUUUAUUUUAAUAACGGCCCGAAUCGGUUCUUCAAUCGAUUUGUCGUCAUUUCCACGUUCGUUAUAGGGGUUUUUUUUUUCGUUUUUUUAUACUGUCGUUCAAGUAGGUCGCAGCGAGUAAUUAUUAUUGUAAGACUCGCCGCGCAGCGGAUGUUUACGAGGGGAAAAAACCGACGUAGUUUUAGUUUUUUACGUCUCGGCGAUUUUUUUUUUUUUUUUCAAAACAGUACACCCAAGUGUUUCCAUAGGCUGUACGUUGCACGCUUCGUAUACACGGUUAUUUUUCAACGAAGAUUUCGACAUAAAUAUAUAUAUUUUUUUUUUUUUUCGAAUUUUCGAAUAUAUUUGUCUGAAAAUGUCGAAUUUCGAAUCGAUGUUUGACGACAUUGUACACAACGUAUUAUCAUAUUAUCACGCUAAAUAAAAUAUCGAAAUUCUUGCCGAGACGAAAAGUGCACCUUAUAAUAUUAUUGGUACAUCGCGUGGUCGGUGUUUUUAUAAACGAACGGGUUUUUCGAAAAAUAAUACCUGAUUAAAAUAUAAUCACUUAAUAAAUGAAUAAUUUAUUAAUUAAACGAAUUUAAUUAAUUUAAUGGACUAACAGUACCGGUGCCCGAAUCGGAGAACAGAAUCCGCUUUCUAAAUCAAUCGAUAAAAUAUGUGUACCGCAAAAACGGUACGUUAAAACCUGCACAGCUGUACUGCUGUAUAAUUUCCACGGCACAAGAGUCAAUUAUUGUUAUUGUCAUCCGAAAUCGACGAAAAAAAAAGUCGAAUAACUUCGUUACGUUCGUACCGGGUAAGUAGGUAUAUACUCAUUGUCUCGGAAAGUAUUAUGUUUUUUCCGGAAUUUUUUUGUAGGAAAUUUAAGAAACAAGCUGCUUUACGAUUUUAUUUUCGUGUCACCUUUUGUCACCCUUAUAUUCGAGGACAAAACCCACUACCUACUUUUGAUUUUCAAAUAGCAACCAAUAUUCGUGAUACCUUAAAUAAAAAAGAUUUAAGGCUAAUAUACUUGGCACCGAUAAAACCAAUUAUUGCUUACGGAAUAACAGGCUGGGGAGCAUAUUAUAAUAACGAUCUCUAUCGAUUGCAAACUAGUCAAAAUACUCAAAUUAGGAUCGCCUCAAAAACAGAUAAAAAAUACUAUACGAAACAAAUAUAUGAAGAUUUUAACGUACUAAAUAUCAAAAAUUUAUAUUCGAAAUCAGCAGUCCUUUUUUUAAAAAAAAAAAAUAAUAAUAAUGUCCCAUCACCCCUGUGUCAUGGUAUAGGUACCGGGUUCGCUAAAAAUAACUUUACAAUACACUGGCCUCAUAAAACGGGCGCACGAAAACAAUAUGAAUUUGUCGGUACAAAAAUUCUAAACUUUAUACCAAAACACCUACACACAUCACCACUACAUAGAUUCAAAAAAGACAUUACGUCUUAUGGCUUCUUUAUAAAUUUCACACUGAUUUAUUAUUAUAAAAAUACCUAUACUGUUGUGUUGUGACCAUUUGUAUGUAUAUUUUUUUUUACUAACGAUUUAUAUCUUUAUAGACUUUGCCGUUUUUCAAAUUUAUACAUAAUGAUUUUUUACGUUUAAUUUAAUGUUUCCGCUAGAUACACAGUUUUCUUUAUGUUAUAUAAUUAAUAAUUCUCAAAGCGCUAUGCGUAUAUUGCCGUUUUAAUAAUUAAACGCAUGUUAAUAUAAUAACACCUGGGCCUCCGCACGAGAAUACUCAGUGAGGCCCAGCAUUCUUUUUUUGAGAAAUAAACGAACAAUAAUAAUAAUAAUAUGAAAAUGUCCAUAAAAAGAGUAUCAGUUAAAAUACAUUUUAAGUAUUGCAAUUUUUGAUUUCCGUUAACCCCCGUUGACAAGAUAUUCCACUUUUAAGUUUGGGUCGGAGGUUUACUGCUCUUGGACGCUCCGUCGGCGCGCAAUUCAAACGGAGUCUUGGAGCUUUUCGAACACGCCCAUUAUGUUUUCAUUGCCGAAUAGUUUGACGUCCGUCCGUAUUAUGACACGGCAAACGACGGCAACGGGGAAGCGGGAGGUGCGCCCUUUUAGUCCCCCCCCCCCUCCGGAUACGCCAUUGGCCGGGGAAGCCGAUCGCCAAUUCGCGCGGUCAUAAUCAGAAGAAUAAAAAAAACGAACGACAUCGUAUUAUACUUUGACAUUAUUUUUCUCUUGAGUAAUCUACUGACGCGAUUUUGGAUUUGAUUCCGCAGAAAAAAAAAAAAAAAAAAUUUUAUUUUGCAAACUCCGUUUCCCAUACCGUAUCGUACCGUCCACCGCGUUUUUCGCUCGAACAUUUCUUUCCUCUGCAAACACAAAACCGUUAGAUCGUUACGUCGAUACGGUACAAUGCGAACAAUGCCGUUCGGAUUUAACACGCGACACGAGGUCUUCCGUUCCUUCGAGACACGAGCCUGAAAAAACAUAUCAGUUUCUGUUUCUGUGUCCCGUAUCGCUAUUGUAUUUAUUUUUCUUGAAACUUUGCAGCUGACAUUCGAAGAGUUCCGAAUGGGCACGCUGUACCUGGGCGAGUGCGUCGGCGGCGAGAUGCAAAUACUCGAGCUCGGCCGGCCGUACGUGGGCGGCUCGUGGUGCGGUUUCGGGCCGACGGAGGGCAGCGCGCCGGCCGUGUACUACAGCGAGGCGGGCACCGUCACGUUGACGCUGCGGGUGCCGUACAACGGGCUGUACACCACGCCGUUCACAUUCGAUCUGCGGUUCAAAUUCCUGGACAACCGGCACGCGUCCGUCAGGCUCGGCACGGCCGCGGAUCCCAAGGACCGCGGCGAGCUGGUGCCCGGCACCCACUGCAGCCGUAACUUCUACGAGUGCUACAGGAAGCGGUGUUCACUACAGUCGCCCAACUACCCGGGCAUAUACCCGAGGAACGUGACGUGCCGGUACACCGUACGGCAGCAGGUGGUGCCCAAGUGCAAAUACGCGAUGGUGUCGCUGAGCCAAAGGCGGGGCGCGCUGCUGCAGCAGUCCAGGUCCAGACCGGCGCCCAAGACAAACGGGACGGACAUCAUCCGUGUCAACGAUAUGUGCAGCGAGAACGAGGACAGGCUGGUAUUUCACGACGGGUCGUCCGAGGACGCUCCGGUGCUGUUACGGUUCUGUGGCGGUCCCGUGCUGCCCCGGGUAGUGGCCAGCGGCCCGCAAAUGUUGAUCGUGUUCAAAUCGUGGGAGCACAACUCGCCGGCCACGUUCUCGUCGCCGAUGCCCGUGUCACGGCUCCGGAGUUUCGAGCUCAACCUGCAGAUAGCGUUCGUCGACUCGGAUUCGCUGGAUUACGUCAAGGGGCCGGUGUGCGAGUUCAUCAUAAACUCGUCACUCUCUUCCAAGUCCAGGCGGGGCGUGCUGGUAAACCCGCAGCACUCGGUGCCGCCGAACAGCACGUGUACGUACAAGUUCCAAGGACAGCUGGACGACAGGGUGUGGAUGUACUUCGAGAGCUACGGUCACCGGAGCACCAGUAACUUCUUAACGUUCAAACCGUGUCCGACCAGGCUUCGAAUAUGGGACGGCGCCGGCACACUAUUGGGCGACCACUGCGACACGCCCAGGCUGUGCGAGCACAUCACCACGCCGUCCAACAUUACUGGCCAGAAGCGACCGUGCACACUGGACGAGAGCUACCUGUCCAAGACGCCUAGCGUCAUAUUGCAAGUACACUCCGUGCUGGGCACCGUUCUGGAGCCGUUCGGCUUCAAAUUGCAUUACGAGUUCGUGGACAGCAGCGUGUACGAUCACGGCGAAAGCGACGACAGGACGUGCGUGAUCGACUACAAGGUGAGCAAAUCGAUAGACAUUACGGAACCGAGAAACGUUUUCCUGUACGGCCGGGGCGGAGCCAAGAGCCUGGACUGUCUGUACCGUUUGCAGGCCGAACCGGGGUACCGGAUGCAAGUCGUGAUGCGGAACGCGUCUUUCGGGUGGCGGGAAUGCGGGACCAUGACCAAGACGGCGACCGGUAAGUACUCGUGUCCGGACGACGACGGGCCUAAGCUGAUCGUCCGGGAGGUGUACUGGCGCACUGUAAAAAUCGAACGCGGGUGCUAUUGCCAGAACUUCACAGAGUCUGCGCUGAGUACGCAGCACGUGACGUUCGACCUGUCUUCUGAUAUCGUGGAGAUCCACUUCCGCAUACCCGGUUUCGACGUGACCGAGGACUUUACGAACACGUUCUUCAACGCGCACGUGCGCGUAGUCCGGUCCCCACCGUGCCCUAGAAAGCAAUGGGUCCGUGGUUCCGGUGGCGAGAUCGAGCUCGUGUAUCCGCUAGAAUCGCGAGACGACCUGCACUGCCACGACAAGCCGUGGCUGCUGGAAGCGCACCCGGGCCACAGUAUGUUCGUGCAGACCUGGGGCAACUUCCUGCCGGUCAACAUGUCCGUGGCCCCGUGCAAGACCCGCAACCGGAUCCUGCUGUACGCGCUCCAGCCGGUCCGGUUGAUAAAACACGUCUGCCCGACGGGCACCCGGGACAACCGGCGCAACAUAUACAUGUUCUCGGACGAGUGGUCCAACUUCGUGCCGGUCGACCGACAGGAUCCAAGUUUCAUGGUUGAGUUCUUGGCCCGGGAAACCGGUUCCAUGGCGUUUAAGUGGCUGGAAGUGUCCAAGCCCGCAGUCAAGCACGCGUCCUCAUCCACCUCACCGUCCAACAACAACCAGUCCGUCACCGGCAACCGGUUCGGUUGCACGUACGGGUGCCCCGAGCUCAACGCCUGUAUCAGCGCCACCCUGUGGUGUGAUGGCCACCGGAAUUGUCCGUCCGGCGUGGACGAAGCCGACCUAAACUGCCAGACCAAAUGGCCGUCGUUCAAAGUGCUCAGAUCAUACGGGCUGCCGGUGGUGGGCCUAGGCCUGGCCGGCGUGGUGUUCGCCUUGCUCGCGUGGAUUUACUGCCGCAGGGAACCGGAAUACAAGCACUACGACGAACCCGAACCGGCAACCGAUAAUACUCGGUCGUGUUCGACAAUCGCUUCUUGACAACAAUCCUCGGUCGAUACAGUUGACGUUAUCGACCGAGAGACUUGCGUUUAAAAAAAAAAAAAAAAACAGCCAUCUUGCUCAAGUUAUGAAACUGCGUUGUUUGUUUUCUAUAUUUUAAACGUGUAUUUGUCUCACGACAUUUCUGUCCAAACGUAGGUGCCUUAUAUAAUAUUAUAUGUUAUAAAAUUCUUGUUAUUUAAUGACGAGUAGAUAUAUUGAUUUAUCGAUUGAUAUGGUAAAAACACAGAUUUUAUACAUAGAUAUUGUACUAUAUUGUAUACCUUUACUUAUGUAAUGAUUCUUUACUUUUCUGUAACAAACACUUGAACAGGAAGAAAAUAUGUCUAAAUUAUUCACUAAAUCUAUAAAUAUAUUUGUAUAAAUUUACAACUCAAAAUAAUUUCCAAACAGGAUUUGAUACUGAUAUUUUCUUUCUAUGUCCAACACAUACUCAGCAUAGAAAUAUUUAGACAUAUAUUCCAGCGAUCAGUUUGAUCGACGCAUUAAAGCAAUAACUCUGAAAACAGAUUUUAAUUCAAUUAGAAGUUUAAGUGAAAUUGGUCAAAUUAUUACAUUUUACUAUUUACUAUCUAGUUUUCAAAAAUUUGAUUUGAACAUUUUAAAAAGUAUAGAAAAAAAAAACAAAACUAUAAUUAAAUUGAAAAAACUGGUUAAAAUGAUCUUCACGCUAAAUAAAUUGCUAUGCUGAGUAUGUAUUGGUAUGGUCUCGUUUGAAAAAUAAAAUUGUAAUUUAAACUACAGUUAUUAUUACUAAAAACAAUUAAAUUUUAAACAAUAAAGACCAUUAACAAUUUGUUAGAAUUGUAAACUUAUAAGGGUGAUUAACUUAAACUUACGAGUAAACUAGAUAAUUAAAUUUUCAAAAACGACAAACGAUAAUUAAAACCUAGUGGUGUAGAUAAGUAAAUUGUAGCAGUUAUGAAAUACAAUUACACAAUUUAAGUGUUGUUAAAACAAAUUUAAUAAUAUAAAAAAAAACAAUAAUAUUUUUAGAAAAUUUCAAACAAUUUGUCCCUUUAAAUCUAGAUCAAUUUUUAAAUAUUAUGUAUUAUUAUAUCUUAUGUAUUUAUGUGUAAUGGUUUAAAGCAAUUUCAAUGUCCAAAUAAGUGAUUUCAACACACCAUUUAGUUAAUUAAUAAAGAAUUAUUGAA